AUGAGGGGGCCUCACUGGAGAGUUCCCUGGCUGUGUCUGAGCUGCCUGUAUUCUUGCCUCCUCUUGCUACCUGAUGCUCUAGCAACUGCAUCAACACAGACACCCACGUCCCUUUCCAGCAGCACCAGAACAUCCCAAAUGAGCUCACAAGCGUCCACCUCAUCAACAUCUCUAGACAGGACAAGUAAAACAGAAGAAACAUCAACAAGGGAUACUCCAAGUUCCAUAACAACAGUUUCUCAGAGCCAUCACACUACAAGCAUGGAGACCAGCAAACCUCAAACCACCACAACCACCGAGGUGACCACACCAACUCCUUCAGCCUCCUCAUGUCACCAAAUUCAGACAGAGACAAGUUCUCAAAGAACAAUCUCUCCUAGCAAGACAACCACCUCACAUGCUCCCAGCAUCAGCAGCUCAGCUCCAAGUAUAACACACAUGUUACCCACAACAUCCUCCACAAAAAGUACCUCAGUAGACUCAGGACACACAUCAGCGAUAACAACUCAAGGUUCUAUACCUGCCACCACACAAGUCUCAUUGACACCUUCAUCCCAGAAUAUGUCAACAGUGUCAACACCCAUCACCUCUACUCUUACUCAGAGCCAACACACUGGAAGCAUGCGGACCAGCAGCAACUCUCAAAUCACCAUAGUCACAUCAACUCUUUCAAUCUCUACAAGUGACUCAACUCCUGCACAGACAAUGUCUCAAGUGACAUCAUCUUCAGAUAAAAGAACCAAGCCAUCUACUUCUGGUGUCAGCAGCACAUCCCCAACUACAACAGAAGAGCUCACCCAAACAUCCUCUACAGACUCUGCUCCAAAAAACACAACUCUGAGGAUGACUCAGAACUCUACAACACAAACCACGAAAGUCUCAACAACAUCUACACCACAAAAACUGUCACCAGUGUCAACACUCAUCAACACAAGCCAAAAAGUGUCAACCCUUCCUCAGAACCAACACACUGAAAGCAUGGAGACCAGCAGCCAACCUCAAACCACCACAACCACAGAGGUGAUCACAUCAACUCCUUCAGCCUCCUCACGUCACCAAAUUCAGACAGAGACAAGUUCUCAAAGAACAAUCUCUCCUGGGGAGACAACAACCUCACAUGCUCCCAGCAUGAGCAGCUCAGCUCCAACAUUCUCACGUGACCCAAUUCAGACAGAGACAAUUUCUCAAAGAUCAAUCUCUCCGGGGGAGACAACCACCUCACAUGCUCCCAUCAUGAGCAGCUCAGCUCCAAGUACAACACACAUGUUAUCCACAACAUCCUCCACUGAAAAUACCUCAGGAGACACAAGAUACACAACAGCAGUAAGGACUCAAGGUUCUACACCUGCCACCACACAGAAAUCAUUGACACCUUCAUCCCAGAACAUUUCAACAGUGUCAGCACCCAUCACCUCAACUCAAAUUUUGUCAACCUUUCCUCAGAGCCAACACACUAGAAGCAAGGAGACCAACAGAAAUCCUCAAACUAUCACCACCCCAGAGGUAACCACAUCAACUCCUUCAGCCACCUCCCGUGACCAAAUUAAGACAGAGGCAAGUUCUCAAAGAACAAUCUCUCCUGGGGAGACAACCACCUCACAUUCUUCCAGCAUAAGCAGUUCAGCUCCAAGUACAGCACACACACACAUGUUAUCCACAACAUCCUCCACUCAAAGUACCUCAGUAGACACAAGAUACACAACAGCAGUAAGGACUCAAGGUUCUAUACCUGCCACGACACAGACCUCACUGACACAUUCAUCCCAGAAUAUGUCAACACUGUCAACACCCAUCACCUCUACUCACAAAUUGUCAACCCUUCCUCAGAGCCAAUACACUGGAAGCAAGGGGACCAGCAGCAAUCCUCAAACUUCCACCACCCCAGAGGUGACCACAUCAACUCCUUCAUCCACCUCCCGUGACCCAAUUCAGACAGAGACAAUUUCUCAAAGAACAAUCUCUCCUGGGGAGACAACCAACUCACAUGCACCCAGCAUAAGCAGUUCAGCUCCUAGUACAACACACAUGUUAUCCACAACAUCCUCCACUAAAAGUACGUCAGUAGACACAGGACAUACAGCAGCAGUAAGGACUCAAGGUUCUACACCUGCAACCACACAGGUCUCUCCUUCAUCCCAGAAUAGGUCAACAGGGUCAGCACCCAUCACCUCAACUCAAAUUUUGUCAACCCUUCCCCAGAGCCAACACACUGGAAGCAAAGAGACCAACAGCAUUCCUCAAACUUCCACCACCACAGAGGUAACAACAUCAACUCCUUCAGCCUUCUCACGUGACCAAAUUCAGACCGAGACAAGUUCCCAAAGAACAAUCUCUCCUGGGGAGACAACCACCUCACAUGAUCCCAGCAUAAGCAGUUCAGCUCCAAGUACAGCACACACACACAUGUUAUCCACAACAUCCUCCACUCAAAGUAACUCAGUAGACACAGGACACACAACAGCAGUAGGGACUCAAGGUACUANACCUGCCACCACACAGGUCUCAUCAUCAUCCCAGAAUAUGUCAACAGUGUCAACACCCAUCACUUCUACUCACGAAUUGUCAACCCUUCCUCAGAGCCAGCACACUGGAAGCAAGGGGACCAGCAGCAAUCCUCAAAUUAACACCACCCCAGAGGUGACCACAUCAACUCCAUCAGCCUCCUCACGUGAGCAAAUUAAGACAGAGACAAGUUCCCAAAGAACAAUCUCUACGGGGGAGACAACCACCUCACAUGCUCCCAUCUUGAGCAGCUCAGCUCCAAGUACAACACGCAUGUUAUCCACAACAUCCUCCACUCAAAGUACCUCAGUAGACACAAGACACACAACAGCAGUAAGGACUCAAGGUUCUACANCUGCAACCAAACAGGUCUCACCAUCAUCCCAGAAUAUGUCAACAGUGUCAACACCCAUCACUUCUACUCAAGAAUUGUCAACCCUUCCUCAGAGCCANCACACUGGAAGCAAGGGGACCAGCAGCAAUCCUCAAACUACCACCACCCCAGAGGUGACCACAUCAACUCUUUCAGCCUCCUCACGUGACCAAAUUCAAACAGAGACAAGUUCCCAAAGAAAAAUCUCUCCUGGGGAGACAACCACCUCACAUGCUUCCAGCUUGAGCAGUUCAGCACCAAGUACAACACACAUGUUAUCCACAACAUCCUCUACUCAAAGUACCUCAGUAUACACAGGACACACAACAGCAGUAAGGACUCAAGGUUCUACACCUGCAACCACACAGAUCUCACCUUCAUCCCAGAUUAUGUCAACAGUGUCAGCACCCAUCACUUCUACUCACAAAUUGUCAACCCUUCCUCAGAGCCAAUACACUGGAAGCAAGGGGACCAACAGCAAUCCUCCAACUACCACCACCCCAGAGGUGACCACAUCAACUCCUUCAGCCACCUCUCCUGACCAAAUUAAGACAGAGACAAGUUCCCAAAGAACAAUCUCUCCGGGGGAGACAACCACCUCACAUGCUCCCAUCAUGAGCAGCUCAGCUCCAAGUACAACACACAUGUUAUCCACAACAUCCUCCACUAAAAGUACCUCAGGAGACACAAGACACACAACAGCAGUAAGGACUCAAGGUUCUACACCUGCCACCACACAGACAUCACUGACACCUUCAUCCCAGAACAUGUCAACAGUGUCAGCACCCAUCACGUCAACUCAAAUUUUGUCAACCUUUCCUCAGAGCCAACACACUAGAAGCAAGGAGACCAACAGAAAUCCUCAAACUACCACCACCCCAGAGGUAACCACAUCAACUCCAUCUGCCACCUCCCAUGACCAAAUUAAGACAGAGGCAAGUUCUCAAAGAACAAUCUCUCCUGGGGAGACAACCACCUCACAUGCUUCCAGUAUAAGCAGUUCAGCUCCAAGUACAACACACACACACAUGUUAUCCACAACAUCCUCCACUCAAAGUACCUCAGUAGACCCAAGACACACAACAGCAGUAAGGACUCAAGGUUCUACACCUGCCACCACACAGACCUCAUUGACACAUUUAUCCCAGAAUAUGUCAACACUGUCAACACCCAUCACCUCUACUCACAAAUUGUCAACCCAUCCUCAGAGCCAGCACACUGGAAGCAAGGGGACCAGCAGCAAUCCUCAAACUACCACCACCACAGAGGUGACCACAUCAACUCCUUCAGCCACCUCUCAUGACCAAAUUAAGACAGAGACAAGUUCCCAAAGAACAGUCUCUCCUGGGGAGACAACCACCUCACAUGCUCCCAGCAUAAGCAGUUCAGCUCCAAGUACAACACACAUGUUAACCACAAAAUCCUCCACUCAAAGUACCUCAGUAUACUCAGGACACACAACAGCAGUAAGGACUCAAGGUUCUACACCUGCAACCACACAGAUCUCACCUUCAUCCCAGAACAUGUCAACAGUGUCAGCACACAUCACUUCUUCUCACAAAUUGUCAACCCUUCCUCAGAGCCAAUACUUUGGAAGCAAGGGGACCAGCAGCAAUCCUCAAACUACCACCACCCCAGAGGUGACCACAUCAACUCCUUCAGCCUCCUCACGUGACCAAAUUNAGACAGAGACAAGUUCCCAAAGAACAAUCACUCCUGGCGAGACAACCACCUCACAUGCUUCCAGCAUGAGCACUUCAGCUCCAAGUACAACACACAUGUUAACCACAAAAUCCUCCACUCAAAGUACCUCAGUAGACACAGGACACACAAGUGCAAUAACUACUCAUGGUUCUACACCUGACACUCUACAGGUCUCACCGACACCUUCAUCCCAGAAUAUGUCAACAGUGUCAAUGCUCAGCACUUCUACACAGGAAUUAACAUCACUUCCUCAGAGACAACACACUGGAAGCAUGGAGACCAGCAGCCAACCUCAGAAUAUCUCCUCUACAGUGGUGACCACAUCAACUCUUUUAUCAUUCUCAAGGGGAUCCACUGAAUCGCAAACGGUGUCUUGGGGAAAGUCCUCCUCAGUGACAAUAACUACCCUACCUACUCCUGUCAGGAAUACCUCACCUGCAUCCACAUCAGGCAUCCUCACCACCACCUCAGGAAACACAGGGCACACAGCUGUAACUGGAAGCCUCGGUGUGUUCACAUCCAGAGUCACAAGCACAAGUCUAGCUGGACAGUCCACAGUAGUGCAUAGCACCCCUGCUCAGCCAUUGUCCGCACAUUCUCAGAGUCACCGGACUGAUGGCACGGGGACACCCAGCACGUCUCAAACUAGCAUCCUCACAGAAGUGACCUCAGAAAAGCAUCUUGCCUCUUCACCUGGACCCACUGUGACAGAGACCUUUUCUCAUGUGUCAUCCUCCUCAGGAUUGACUACGAAGACAGACAAUGACAGAAACACAACAGUCUCAGCCACCUCCUGGACCCUUACUACCCACAGCCCAACCACAGCCUCCAGGUCAACAGUGCCCCUGCCUUCUCUUUUACCAGAUCAGGGCAUUUCCCUCUUCCCCUACGGGUCUGAAGUCGGAGACCAGAAUUUGUUUGCCAGGACUGUGGAUUUUAACUCACCAGUCUUCAAGAUCCUGAUUGGCUUUCCCCUCGGCUCCUCCCUGCGGGAUUCCUUCUACGUUACAGAUAAUGGUCAGAUCAUUUUCCCAGAAUCAGACUACGACGUCUUCUCCUACCCCAACCCACCUCAAAGAGGCUUCACUGGAAGGGAGCGCGUAGCCAUGGUGGCCCCGUUCUGGGCUGAUGCUGAUUUCUCUAGCUCCAGGGGAGCCAUAUUUUACCAGGAAUAUGUCACAUUUUACAAUGAACACCAUCAGCUAAUCCGGGAGGUGGAGACUUUGAUUAACGAUUUCACAAGGGGCUGGGACUUCAGAGCCAAGUGGACACUGAAGGUCACCUGGGUCAAUGUUCCUGCCUAUACUGCCCAAGAGAGCUUUGGGACCAAUACCUACCAAGCCAUCCUCUCCACAGAUGGGAGCAGAUCCUAUGCCCUGUUUCUCUACCAGAACGGUGGCAUGAGGUGGGAUGUGACCCAGGAACCAUACAACCGGGUGCUCAUGGGCUUCUCCAGUGGAGAUGGGUAUUUUGAAAACAGCCCGCUGACAUUCCGGCCAGCAAUGGAGAAGUACCGUCCAGAUCGAUUCCUGAAUUCCAAAUUAGGCAUCCGGGGACUGCAGGUCUACAGGCUGCACAGGGAGGAGCGGCCCAACUACCGGCUCAAGUGCCUGCGGUGGCUGGAGAGUCAGCCUCAGCAGCCCAGCUGGGGCUGGAGCUCAGUUUCCUGCCCUUGCUCCUGGCAGCAGGGACAACGGGACUUUCGGUUCUGGCGCAUCAACACAGGUUGGUGGGACAGGCAGCUGUGCAGCUUCUCCUCUGGGCGAGGGGGCGUGUGCUGCAGCUAUGGUGCCCGGGGAGAGUUUCGAGAAGGCUGGAGAAUGCACAGUCCUUGGCAGUUUGACGAGGAGCAGGAGGCGCAGAACUGGUGCUGCCAAUGGAACGACAAGCCCUCGUUCUGUGUCCGAUACCAGCUUAGGCGGCCCCGUGUCAGCUGCGCUGGGUACAGGCCCCCACGGCCCGCUUGGACAUUUGGUGACCCCCACAUCACUACUUUGGACAACGCCAACUUCACCUUCAACGGGCUGGGGGACUUCCUGCUGGUCCAGGCCCAGGACAGAAAUUCCUCCUUCCUGCUGGAGGGCCGCACUGCCCAGACUGGCACUGCCAAGGCCACUAACUUCAUUGCCUUUGCGGCUCAAUACAACACCAGCAGCUUGAAAUCUCCCAUCACAGUUCAGUGGUUUCUUGAGCCCAGUGACAAAAUCCGAGUUGUAUACAAUAACCAGACUGUGGCCUUUAACACCAGAGACACUGAAGGCUUGCCCAUAUUCAAUACCACCGGUGUUCUGCUGACCCAAAAUGGCUCCCAAGUCUCAGCCAACUUUGAUGGGGCAGUGACUAUCUCUGUGAUUGCUCGCUCCAACAUCCUUCAUGCCUCCUCCAGCCUAUCAGAGGAAUAUUGCAACCACACAGAGGGCCUUCUGGGAGUGUGGAAUGACAAUCCAGAAGAUGACUUCAGGAUGCCCAAUGGCUCCACCAUCCCCUCAAACAGCUCUGAGGAGAUCCUUUUCUACUAUGGAAUGACAUGGCACGUCAACGGAACAGGCCUCCUUGGGAUAAGGGCAGAUCCGCUGCCUACCAAUUUCACCCCCAUCUUUCUGUCUCAACUGUUGAAUCAGAGUGCCUCGGGUGAAGACUUGGCCUCUGGGUGCAAAGGCGACAGAAAGUGCAUGUUUGACAUCCUGGCCACGGGAAACAGAACUAUUGGACAAAGCACCAAUUCCAUCCUUAAUGAGUUCCAACAUAUGAAUGACACCCUCAAUCAGUACCCACCCUCUAUCAACUGCAGCAGCAAGAUUCAAGCCUACAAGGGGCAGACAGUGACCACUGAGAUCACCAGCAGCUCUAAGGAUGUCACACUCAGCCUCUCCAAGAAAUGUAGUGGCUUCAAGCUCUUUGAAAACGGGAGUUUGCAGUGGACACCGACAUCCCCAGAAGCAUGUGCCCUGGAGAUUCUAGCGAGGGAUGUCAGGACUAACUUGUCAUCGGUACUCCAGCCCAAGACCGUGGCUUGCUUCUGCAGUAAGGAGGAGCAGUGUUUGUACAAUGAGACCAGCAAAGAGGGCAAUUCUUCCCUUGAGGUGACCAGCUGCAAGUGUGAUGGGGACACCUUUGGCCGCUUGUGUGAACGCUCCAAGGACCCGUGUGAUGAGCCAUGCUUCCCUAACGUGAACUGCAUUCCUGGGAAGGGCUGUGAGGCCUGCCCUCCAAACACAACUGGAGAUGGACGUCAUUGUGCAGCUCUGGAGGACUCCUGCCCAAACCGUUCCUGUCCCGUGAAUUACUGCUAUAACAAUGGCCAUUGCGACAUCUCUGAGGCUCCAGGCUGCCAGCCCACUUGCACCUGUCCCCCUGCCUUCACUGAUAACCGCUGCUUCCUGGCUGGGAACAGUUUCACUCCCACCAUCUCUAUGGAGCUUCCCUUAAGGACCAUCGUGCUCUCUCUCAGGGAGGAUGAAAACGCCUCCGCCGCUGACGUCAACGCCUCGGUGGCGUACAUACUAGAGAACCUGGACAUGCGGGCUUUUUUCUCCAACAGCUUAGUGGAACUGAUACGAACCUCUCCCGGAGCACAGCCCUCGAGCAAGUCCAUUCAUCACUGGAAGGUCAUCUCCCACUUCAAGUACCGUCCCAGGGGCCCGCUCAUCCACUACCUGAACAACCAGCUGAUAGGCGCUGUGAUGGAGGCCUUCCACCUGCAGGCUCGGCAGAAGAGGAGUGGAGGAGCCAGGAAGGACGUCCACUUCUUCCCCAUCUCAAGGGCAGAUGUCCAGGACAGGAUGGCUCUGAACCUAAGUAAGCUGGACGAGUACUUCGCAUGUGAUGGCUACAAAGACUACCACCUGGUCUACAGCCCACAGGAUGGUGUCACCUGUGUGUCCCCAUGUAGUGAGGGCUACUGUCAAAAUGGAGGCCAAUGCAAGCACCUGCCAGAUGGGCCCCAAUGCAGCUGCGCAUCCUUCACCAUCUACACAUCCUCGGGCGAACACUGUGAGCACCUAAGUGUGAAACUUGGGGCAUUCUACGGGAUGCUCUUCGGAACCCUGGGCGCCCUCUUGCUACUGGGGAUCUUAGCAUUUAUGAUCUUUCACUUCUGCGGCUGCUCCAAGAACAAGUUCUCCUACCCUUUGGACUCAGAAUUGUGAGGCCCUGUCCCUGAUGGGCAGCUGCACCUAGGACCUCGGGACCCAUCCCUCAGUCUGCCUCUGCUCUGGGGGACUGGAAAGGGCCUGCGGCAUGAAGAUGAUUUGAGACUCUCCAAGAGUGAAUAAACCAGACUCUACCUGUUUAGUAGACUGGGGGUACAGAAAAAGGCCAUGGUGGCCAAAUAUACAGAUGGAUGGGUUUCUACACAGAUAUAUCAGGAAGGAGGAUAUUGCUUAUAUAUGAAUGCAGACUGUGUGCGCGCACACACACACACACCCCAGAGUUAAUGGAUGUGACUGGCUUUACAUUUACCAAGAUGUUUUUACAUAUAACACGGGCUUACUUCUCAUUAAAAUCUAUUUAAAUAAA